CCACCACUAAUGCAUCAGUAUAUAUACAGCCCCAGGCACAGCUCCCAGGCAGGCAGCUCAGCUUCACCAGGAGUCUCUGCAGGACCGGACAGCCAAGGAUGAAGCUUUCCACCGUCAUCAUUUUCUGCUCCCUGGUGCUGGGUGUCAGCACCCAAGGGUGGGGAACGUUCCUCAGGGAAGCUGCUCAAGGGGCUGGAGACAUGUGGAGAGCCUACUCGGACAUGAUAGAAGCCAAUUACAUAGGUGCAGAUAAAUACUUCCACGCCCGGGGGAACUUUGAAGCUGCCCAGAGGGGCCCUGGAGGUGUCUGGGCUGCUAAAGUGAUCAGCGACGCCAGAGAGCAGUCUCAGAGAGUCACAGACCUUUUCGAGUAUGGAGACAGCGGCCAUGGACAGGCGGACUCGGAGGCUGACCAGUUUGCCAACUGGUGGGGCCGGAGCGGCAGAGACCCCAAUUUCUUCAGACCCAGGGGCCUGCCCGACAAGUACUGACUCCCUCUCUGUGCUCCCAGGACAGGGGCUGUGAGGCUCCUGAAGGCAGGGACACCGAGUCAUUGAGUUCUACACCCCUUUUUUCUGACUGAGGGCACCUAAUGGGUGUGUAAUAAAUGCUUACAAGUUUGAA